AGAGACAAGACGAGGGAAAUUUAUGAGGAGAAAAGGCGUGAUUUUCGCGUUUCUUGGAGGAUUUAAAAACGAAAAUCUUGCCUGCAAUCAGAAGAACUGCCCGCAUUUUUUACCGCGAGGAGGUGACUCGUUAUUACUUCGGACUGUUUCAUCCACACCCAUAAAGUGAUUGAGACCUUCAGUGAAGCUCCUCCUACAACAAUCCACCAAUAAAUGCUGGAGUCAAACACACAGAGAAAUCACUCCAUGUGUGACAAUUGAAAUCUUCAUGACAUAAUGUUGAUGCUGGUGAAAGAGGAGCUUGAGAAGAUGACAGAUCCACAACCAUGCAGAAUAAAGGAUGAAGAUACUGAGGAACAAAUAGAUAUGAUUGAAGUGAAAGAGGAGAGUCAAGCUGAAGUGGAUGAGAAACAUCAGAUUGUAAAAAUAAACCAUAAUAAACUUUUAACAUGUCAACAGUGUGGAAAGAGUUUCAUAUCUAAAAGUAAACUUGAGGCUCACCUGAGAAUUCACACUGGAGAGAAACCGUACAAGUGUCAUCUUUGUGGAAAUAGUUUCACACUUAAAUCUAGCCUUACGAAACACAUGAGAAUUCACACUGGAGAGAAACCGUACAAGUGUCAUCUUUGUGGAAAUAGUUUCACACUUAAAUCUAGCCUUAAGAAUCACAUGAGAAUUCACACUGGAGAGAAACCACAUGUGUGCCAUGAGUGUGGAAACAGUUUUACAUCUGCAGGUAACCUUAAGAAACAUUCAAGAAUUCACACUGGAGAGAAACCCUACAUGUGUCAACAGUGUGGAAAGAGUUUUAAAACUUCAGGUGACCUUACGAGACAUGUGAAAAUUCACAGUGGAGAGAAACCACAUGCGUGCCAUGAGUGUGGAAAGACUUUUACAUCUGCAUGUAACCUUAAGAAACACAUGAUGUCUCACACUGGAAUGAAACCGUUUACAUGUCUUCAGUGUGGAAAGAGUUUCAGAGAUAAAAGUAACCUUGAGAUUCACAUGAGACUUCACACUGGAGAGAAACCUUACACAUGUCCUCUUUGUGAAAGGAGUUUCACAACAAAAGCUAACCUUGAGAUUCAAAUGAUGCUUCACACUGGAGAGAAACCGUUUGCAUGUCCUCGUUGUGGAAAGAGUUUUAUGUGGAAAUCAAGUCUUAGAAAUCACCAGCGCUUACAUUCUAAAGAAAAGACAUUCAACUCUUCUAUGGAAGUGAAAGAGGAGAAAGAAACUCUGAAGACAGAAGACAUAAAGUGUGAAAAUAGUUUCAGUGAAGAUGAACGCCCUGCAGAUCACAAGAGGACUCACAGUGAGGAGAAACCUUUCACAUGUCAACAGUGUGGAAAGAAUUUCAGAAGAAAAGGUCACCUUAAAGAACACAUGAGGACUCACAGUGAAGAGAAACCUUUCACAUGUCAACAGUGUGGAAAGAGUUUUACCUUUAAAUCGAAACUUAACCGGCACAUAAAAACUCACAGUGGGGAAAAGCCACACGUGUGCCAGCAUUGUGACAAGAGUUUUCCAUCUACAGGUGAACUUAAGAUACACAUGAGACUUCACACUGGUGAGAAACCUUACACAUGUCAUCAAUGUGGAAAGAGUUUCAGAACAAAAUGGCACCUUAACGCACACAUUAGAAUUCACACUGGUGAGAAACCACAUCCGUGCCAUCACUGUGGAAAGAGUUUUAUAACUGCAAGUGACCUUAAGAAACAUUCAAGAGUUCACACUGGAGAGAAACCUUACAAGUGUCAACAGUGUGGAAAGACUUUCACCUUUAAAACAGGCCUUACCCAACACAUAAAAAAUCACAGAGGGGAAAAGCCAAACACGUGCCAUCACUGUGAAAAGAGUUUUCCAUCUAGAAGUGACCUUAAGAUACACAUGAGUUCUCACACUGGAGAGAAACCUUACACUUGUCAUCUAUGUGGAAAGAGUUUCAGAACAAAACCUCACCUUAACAUACACAUGAUGAUUCACACCGGAGAGAAACCUUACACUUGUCAUCUGUGUGGAAAGAGUUUCAGAAGAAAAUAUGACCUUAAUGCACACAUGAGGAUUCACACCGGAGAGAAACCACAUGUGUGCCAUCACUGUGAAAAGAGUUUUACAAGUAAAUGUAAUCUUAAGACACACAUGACAGUUCACACUGGAGAAAAACUGUUCACAUGUCAUCUGUGUGUAAAGAGUUUUAGAACGAAACGUAACCUUAAUAGACACAUGAGAAUUCACACUGGAGAGAAACCAUUCACAUGUCAACACUGUGGAAAGAGUUUUAUAAUGAAAUCUGACCUUAAUGCACAUGUGAGAAUUCACACCGGAGAGAAACCAUACUUGUGUCAUCAGUGUGGAAAGAGUUUCAGGACAAAACCAAAACUUAAUGCACAUUUGAUCACUCACACUGAAGAGAAGCCGUUCACAUGCCAUGAGUGUAAAAAGAGUUUCAAAACAAAAGCUGCCCUUAAAAAACACGCAAGAUUUCACACUCAAUAGAAACCAUUCAUGUGUCAACAGUGUGGAUAUGGCAACAAAGUUUAGAAAUCAGCUGAGGUCUUAUUAAUAAAACUGUUUGGAGGAUCUUUACUAAAAGUCUACAAGCCCAAGAUGUCUGUCCUUGUGUUCUUGUGUUCUCGUGAAACGUCAUCAGUCGCGGCCCAAGUACUGUUCCAAUUCCAAGUUCACAUCAAGCCAAGUUCACAUAACAUCUCAGGAUGUGUUCUUGAUUCGCUCAUUUUAUUAAGGAUGCAUCAGAAGGUGAUUUGUGUGGACUUACGACAGCCAAGUUUAAGUUUAAGAAGCUUAAAACCUGCACAAUAUUUGAAAUAUUACUCUUUCUGUGUCAUAAAAUGUAGCCGUUUAGUCGAGAAUAUAGAUGAAUAAAGUAAAGAUAGUGCCUAUAAUAAAAUUUUGUCUGACAA